AUGGCCGUGGGGGGAGCCUUGACCAUCCAAUGCAAGUGUCGGUGCCAGGGCAUGAGGGUUGUUCUGUACAAAGGAGGAGACCCCUCCCCGCUGCGAUACAUGGACAACGCUGGGGAUGUGGCUGAGUUUCCCAUCAGCAACGUGACACAGCAGGACAGUGGGAGAUACACCUGCCGUUCUGGCAGCACAUCAGAACCCUUUGUCUGGUCGGAUCCCAGCGAGCCCAUAGAGCUGGUGAUGAGAGAGCUCUAUCCAAAACCCACCAUCUCUGUGAGCCCCAGGGGGGAUGAUGGCCCUGGGGGGAGCUGUGACCGUCCUCUGAAAGCAGAUCUAUACCAAACCUCCAUCUCUGUGAGCCCCAGGGGAGUAAUGGCCAUGGGGGGCACCGUGACCAUCAGGUGUGAGUGUAGGUACCAGGGUCUGAGGGUUGUUCUGUACAAAGAAGGAGACCACACCACGCUGCAGCACAUAGAAAAUAUUGGGGACGUGACUAAGUUUCCCAUCUGCAGUGUUACACAGGAUGGCAGCAGGAGCUACACCUGCCGUUAUGGCAGCACAUCACAAGCCUUCAUCUGGUCAGAUCCCAGCGAGCCUGUGGAGCUGGUGGUGAGAGGUGGUGACUCUGGAUUGACCCUAGAGGAGCUGAGUUCAGAAUCCAGCCCUGAUAAUUCCAAGAACUCCACAGACCUGUGCUGUCCUUUCACAGUCCUCAUGAGGCGCCUGGAUUUCACCUGGGGCAACAUCCUCCGUCUGGGCCUGGGCGCUGGCGUCCUGCUGGCCCUGGUGCUGAUCAUGGCUGAGGCUAGUUACUGCCGGAAGGAGACUCCAGAUUCCCAGCUCCUCCUGCUCCCCGCUGGGGAUAUGACGUGA